CAACCACACCCCGACGGCCCCUCUAUAUAACCCAGGGGCUGCGGGCUCUGCCCCCGGGUCAGCAUUCCCUCCAGGACAGCGACAGCCUCUCCCGAGCCGCCCAGCCAGGGUCCCCCAAGCCGCCACCAUGCCGUUUGGUAACACUCACAACAAGUUCAAGCUGAACUACAAACCUGAGGAAGAGUACCCCGACCUCAGCAAGCACAACAACCACAUGGCCAAGGUGCUGACCCCCGACCUCUAUAAGAAGCUUCGAGACAAGGAGACCCCUUCCGGCUUCACUCUGGACGAUGUCAUCCAGACUGGGGUGGACAACCCAGGUCACCCCUUCAUCAUGACGGUGGGCUGUGUGGCCGGUGAUGAGGAGUCCUACACGGUCUUCAAGGACCUGUUUGACCCCAUCAUCCAGGACCGCCAUGGCGGCUACAAACCUACAGACAAGCAUAAGACCGACCUCAACCACGAGAACCUCAAGGGCGGCGACGACCUGGACCCCAACUACGUGCUGAGCAGCCGCGUACGCACUGGCCGCAGCAUCAAGGGCUACACGCUGCCCCCGCACUGCUCCCGUGGAGAGCGCCGCGCCGUGGAGAAGCUCUCCGUGGAAGGUGAGGUCCCCAACAGCUGCACCCGGUUCCGGUUCCGGCACAACGACAACAAAAGCUUCCUGGUGUGGGUGAACGAGGAGGACCACCUCCGCGUCAUCUCCAUGGAGAAGGGGGGCAACAUGAAGGAGGUCUUCCGCCGCUUCUGCGUGGGCCUGCAGAAGAUUGAGGAAAUCUUCAAGAAGGCUGGUCACCCCUUCAUGUGGAACGAGCACCUGGGCUACGUGCUCACCUGCCCCUCCAACCUGGGCACCGGGCUGCGCGGAGGCGUGCACGUGAAGCUGGCGAACCUCAGCAAGCAUGCCAAAUUCGAAGAGAUUCUCACCCGCCUGCGUCUGCAAAAGCGCGGCACAGGUGGCGUGGACACGGCUGCCGUGGGCGCGGUGUUCGACAUCUCCAACGCCGACCGGCUGGGCUCGUCCGAGGUGGAACAGGUGCAGCUGGUGGUGGACGGCGUGAAGCUUAUGGUGGAGAUGGAGAAGAAGCUGGAAAAGGGCCAGGCCAUCGACGACAUGAUCCCUGCCCAGAAGUAGGCGCCGCGCCUGCCUCACCGGCCAGCGGUGGGCAUCUGGAGCCCCGCCCCCCGGAAGUCCAAUCAGUGGGCUUUGUCCUCUGGCUUCUGGCCAAUGAGAACCCGUCUCUCCGGAGCCCCGCCCACCAGCUGGAGCUCCGCCCGGGCGCUCCCGAGCGCAUCUGGAGCGCACGCUGCUUCCCCAUGCCCAGCCUCAAAUAAAAGUCCGUGGUGGCCUUA